AACACAUCUGUAAGACGCAAAAAAAAACAAACAAAACAGAACGGAAAUAGCUUUGUAUAUAGGAAUGACAACACAAGCUAACGUUUCCUGCUUGGAGAUAUCGUAAAAGCUAACCCACUUUCAACGUAUAUUUUAAAAAGGAAAUGACUCACGCAUUUUCUAGGAAAGUAGUAAACCGCAUGUUAAACACGGUAUAGAAGAAAAAUACAAUUGACAUUUCACCAUCGAAGUAUACGGUCGUGAGAGAGAAAACUAACCAAAACAUUUAAAGAUAACUAGAGUCAUUACUUGGUGACCUGGAUUUUUGUUUGUUUUUUACGUAAGGCAUCAGACAAAAUGCCAACGCGUGAUACCUUUUUAUCGAAUAUUUGAACGUAGCGUUUGGUAACCGAGUGUUCCCGGUCGUCCUCUUUUCGGUGUCCCCGAUUUCACGGCGAACGGGCCGAGCUUUUAUGGCUUUUUCGCAUGUGUCUUUAUUUCUUUUUCUUUCUUGUUUCUCCUUCCAAAGUUUUCCCUUCUCUGAUAUUCGUACACAAAAAACAAAUGAAAACACGAGCAAAGAAGAAGGAGAAAAAGAAGACGGUCGAAGUCCAUUUGAAAUAAUAUACACUGUUGCCUCUGGCGCUAGAAUGCAAAAUGUUUAAAAAUGGGAGGAGCUAGAGGAAAAAGAACUGAGAGACGAAGAUACUCCGCUCCCCGAAAAUAAAUUCCAGUUGUGGCUCAGCUCUCAGACAGUCGAGUUGUUAUCAUCGCCUUCACCAUUUUACACAGCGAUUGGAAGAAAAAAAAAACAUUUCAAAAAGUGAAUUGUGGCCUCAAUUGGCAUUAUUUUUUCGUUUUUCAUUUAGGAACAUUGAACGGAAAGUAUAGCCAAAGUAAAGAAUCUUCCUUCAUAAACAAAAUAAUUAGAUAAGAAAAUUGCACAGUUAUUCCUUAUUUGGUCACUGUCGAAUAUGGUCGUGUUGUAACUCGUUCUAUUUCUCAAGUUGUGCGUGUCCUCGAAUUCGACCUACUAAAAAAAGAAUUUGGCAAAACUUCAAGAAAAUACGUCACUGCCAUUGCACACGGAUCACCAGAAGACGGUGCAACUUAACUGAAAAUGUCCUCGCCUGUUUCCUCAAGUUUUACUGGAAAUAUCAACGGCAUUCAGUUCGAUCGCCAAGAUUUUUUCGGGGAAGGUGGCUCUGAUUCAGUGCAAAGUGGCACAUUUAAUGGUCAAAGAGUAGCAAUAAAAAGAAUCGAGUUGACCAAAGGCACGGAUCAAUCAUUUGGCAACGAGUUUGAAACUCUGCAGCAGUUAGAGCAUCCGAAUGUCGUCAGACUUCUUCAAUGUGGAAAUGACAACAACUUUAGGUACUAUGCAUUCGAAUGGUGUGGCGCCUCGUUAGAUCAGCUGUUUUUGAAGGCGGAUGACACUCGAAAAUAUAAUGGGCCUAUGCCACACCAUAUUGAUAUUUCGCUUCAGUUAGCUUCAGGUCUCGAAUACAUCCAUUCAAGGAAUUUUGUUCAUGGGAACAUUAAACCAGAAAAUGUUCUGAUUUCGGCGGGAUCUGCUGGCCAAGAUGAGAUAACACUCAAAUGGGCAAACUCUGGACUGACCAGAUACGCCAGUAAACGAGCAAAGAUAACAAGUCAAGUGGGAGGAAACAAUGCAUGGUUAGCCCCAGAGUUGCUGUUGCUGAAAUUGGGUGGCAACUUGCACGGAAACAAGUAUCAGGGGACCGUCAAAAGCGACAUCUUUGCACAAGGACUCAUUUUCGGUAGUCUGUUCUUGAAUGGGGAACAUCUUUACGGUACCAUGGAAAAUGAAGACGAAAUAACCGAAAACAUAACGAACGGAAAUCCCAUCAACAUGCAAAAAAUGAAUCGCAUAUUAAGGGACUGUUACGAGGAUGAGAUUUUUAAAAAAAUUUUGGAAAACGACCCCAAUAAAAGGAUGACAUCGACAGCAGUUGUUAAUCAACUAAAAACCAUCAAGGAUAAGAUUUCUGGAACAGAAAAAGAAUUGCUUCAGUUAUGUGCUCGUGAUUCUCGAUUGGAUUUAUCAUUAAAAAUAAAAAACUUAAUUUCCUUUGGAAUCAACAUUAACGUAAAGGACAAUGAUGGAAGUAAUGCACUCCAUCUUCUGUGUCGAUACUAUUCACGUUAUGAAUUAAUUGCAGCAAUUAACCUCGUAAUCCAAAGCGGAAUCGACGUGAAUGCAAGAGAUUACAAUGGGUUGAAUGCCCUUCAUUAUUUGUGUCGAUACAAUGCAACCCCAAACUUAAUCGACGCCAUUCAGAACUUAAUUAAACUGGAAAUCGACCCAAAAGCAAAAUCCAACGAUGGAUCAAAUGCGCUCCAUUUUUUGACUCGAUACAAUUCAAGCUCAGACUUCAAGAACGCACUUGAAAUUUUGAUCGAAUCUGGAAUCAACGUGCUUGAAAAAGACAACGACGGAUGGAAUAUGUUUUACUACUUGGAAAUUAAAAAUAAGGAGGAAAUGAAAAUUUGGUACGACCGCAAAGCUCCAUUAGGGCAGGGUGGCUAUGGUCAGGUAUUUAAAGGGAAAUACGGAGGCCGUGAAGUCGCAGUAAAAAGAGUUCAACGACAUCGCGUCAACGAAAUAGAAGAAGAAGCUUUGCAAAAAUUAGAUCAUCCAAACGUCGUCAAACUUCUUAACUGUGAAAGUGAUGACAAUUUUAGGAUGUAUGUAUUGGAAUUAUGCGACGCCUCUUUAGAUCAGCUCUUCCUGGAGCCGAAUCACCCCAAGAAAUACGACGGACCUAUGCCACGUUAUAUUCACGUUUUUCUUCAAUUAGCUUCGGGGCUCAAACACAUCCAUUCGAAGCAAAUAAUCCACAGAGACAUAAAACCGCAAAACGUGCUCAUAUCAAAGGCACCUACCAGCCGAAGCAAUGAGGUAAUAAUCAAAUGGGCUGAUUUUGGAUUGUCCAAAUUCGUAGAUGAAGAAGGCAAUCACUCGUGGUCUGGAGUAAGAGGAACCAUAAAUUGGUACGCCCCCGAGGUGCUGAAGAUAAGCAAUAACACAAAAGAGGCAGAAGAGGCAAAAAAGCUUGAAGGAACAGUCAAGAGCGAUGUAUUCGCCCUAGGCCUUGUCUUCGGGUUUCUUUUCUUGAAAGGAGAACAUGUUUAUGGUUCCAGUGAAAGAGAAAUUUACGACAACGUAAUUGCAAAGCAACCGAUCAACUUGAAGAAAACUGACAGAAAAUUACUAGAAAUUUAUCAGAAUAACCUACUUCAGAAAAUGUUGGAAAAUGAUCCUAGCAAAAGGAUGACAUCGGCAGAAGUAGUCGAACAACUGAAAUCUAUCGAGGACAAGCUUGCAGAAAAAGAGAAACAAUUGCGUGAUCUAUGUGCUGGUCGUAAACCUCUUGAUAAUUUCGGAUUUUUUCUUCAUUUAACAACAAAAAUCCAAAACUUGAUUCGCUUUGGAAUCGACGUGAAUGCAAAGAACCAAUUUGGAUUAAAUGCACUUCAUCUCUUGUGUCAACACAAUUCCGGUAGACACUUAAUCGAGGCAAUUAAAGUAUUGAUCGAUUUUGGUAUCGACAAGGACGCAAAGACGGAAAAGGGUUGGAAUGCACUUCAUUUAUUGUGCGCUAACAGUUCCAGUCCACACUUAAUCGAGGCAAUUCAAGAAUUGAUCAAACUCGGCAUCGACAAGGACGCAAAGGAGAACAACGGCUGGAAUGCACUUCAUAUAUUGUGCUCAAAACGUUCCAGUCCACACUUAAUCCAGGCAAUUCAAGAAUUGAUCAAACUCGGCAUCGACAAGGACGCAAAGACGGAAAAAGGUUCGAAUGCACUUCAUGUUUUGUGCUCAAACAGUUCCAGUCCACACUUAAUCCAGGCCAUUCAAGAAUUGAUCAAACUCGGCAUCGACAAGGACGCAAAUACGGAAAACGGUUGGAAUGCUCUUCAUCUUUUGUGCUCUUACAGAUCCAGUCCACACUUAAUCGAGGCAAUUCGAGAAUUGAUCAAACUCGGCAUCGACAAGGACGCAAAGGAUAUCCAGGGCUGGAAUGCACUUCAUCUUUUGUGCGACGCAAAGGAGAAACAUGGUGGGAAUGCACUUCAUCUUUUGUGCGCUAACAGUUCCAGUCCACACUUAAUCGAGGCAAUUCAAGAAUUGAUCAAACUCGGCAUCGACAAGGACGCAAAGGAUAUCCAGGGCUGGAAUGCACUUCAUCUUUUGUGCUCAAAAAGUUCCAGUCAACACAUCAUCGAGGCAAUUCAAGAAUUGAUCAAACUCGGCAUCGACAAGGGCGCAAAGCAGAAAGAUGGAUGGAAUGCACUUCAUUAUUUGUGCGGUAGCAGUUCCAGUCCACACUUAAUCGAGGCAAUUCGAGAAUUGAUCAAACUCGGCAUCGACAAGGACGCAAAGACGGAAAAAGGUUCGAAUGCACUUCAUCUUUUGUGCUCAAACAGUUCCAGUCCACACUUAAUCGAGGCAAUUCGAGAAUUGAUCAAACUCGGCAUCGACAAGGACGCAAAGGAGAACAACGGCGGGAAUGCACUUCAUAUAUUGUGCUCAACCAGUUCCAGUCCAAACUUAAUCGAGGCAAUUCAAGAAUUGAUCAAACUCGGCAUCGACAAGGGCGCAAAGCAGAAAGAUGGAUGGAAUGCACUUCAUCAUUUGUGCGGUUGCAGUUCCAGUCCACACUUAAUCGAGGCAAUUCGAGAAUUGAUCAAACUCGGCAUCGACAAGGACUCAAAGACGGAAAAGGGUUGGAAUGCACUUCAUCUUUUG